UCGCGAGUGACACGCCGGAGCCCCCGAGUGGUACCAGAUCGGAGGUUUUUUGCCUCCACGGUUACUGAGGCGAUACGAUAACAUUUGUGUAUGUUUAUACAUAUUAUUGCGAGGGUAGCUUCAGCCUUAAUUCGCCAAGCCUGUACGCACGCCCAAAAUGUUUCUGCCGAGCUGCUGAUGGGACUUACAAAAAAAACAUUUUUCCGACGUUUUUUUAUACGAGUGAAAAAAAAUGUGUUUUUGUUAGCAAUAAAUUCGUUCGAGAGAAUUAAAAAAAAACAAUAACGCCGUUCUAAGUUGUUAUUGUACUUGAGGCCAGAGGUUUUUUUUACCUUCAGCUCUGGCAUCGGCCGCAGCUUUACCGUGUGGCCGAGGUUUUCGACGGAGGAGGAGCAGGAGCAGCAGCAGCAACAACAACAACAGCAGCUUCGUCUUGGCCCUCCAUCUUCCCGGGGGUCGAUAACAAUGGCGUGUAAGGUGGCCGCCCCAUUGCUGGAGCCGAGCGGUGACUUCCCGGCGUGGCUGGAGGCACAGGGCGUGAACCAAGAGGUGGCCCAGGCCAUGGACUCGGAGCUGGGCAUCCGGGACUACGGGGUCCUGCGCGCCUGCGUCGGGGACGGCCUCGUGCGGGCCGAGCUGCUGUCCACGGCGCGCGACCGCCUGCCCUUCGGCUUCUACGCCGUGCUGCGGCAGGUGGUGAAGGCCCUGCAGGGUGCCGAGCACCACGACGUUGGGACGCCGCGCUGGGACGCCGCCACCUCUCCCGGCGACGUCACGCUGGGAGGCCUGGUGGACGUGCUGCUGGCUCUGUUCAGCGGUUUGAGCCGAGAGCUGCUGGUGUCUAUGCAGAGGCUCGCCGAGUGGGAUGGAGUUAAAAAUCUUACAACUUCAUCGGCAGCAGUUUCUGAGAGUCUUGAAGAUGAAACAACUGAAAUGAAUCAUAGUGUGCAAAAUGACAAAGCGGAAGGAAGUUCAACUCCAUUAAAAAAUGAUGCCAAAUCCAGCUUGACAUUGAACCGAAUCAAAAACGAGUCCUUUGAAGGUGAACGUAAUUUGAGCGGCCACUCUGAACUCGUCAUCCAAAAUGUGACUUCAUUGUCACCUUCGAGCAAAAGCCGUGCAACCACAUCUCGUGCUGGGACCUGUCGGGAGUCACAGCAGGCGGCAGGUGAAAUGGAUGAUGACGAAACAGCUGGUACCUCUGGAGCCAAGAGGACAUCCCAGCCGUUGACUGAGCAAUGCUUUUUUUUUACGGGCGACACUGCUAAGAAGAGUGUCUCCGUAUACCAAAGCGAGAAGCGCUCCAUCUUCAGCGAGGGAGAGUCACGUGAUUUUAAACUCAAGAAACCCGAUGCCUUAAAAAUGUCUCAGCCAGAAUGUACCGGAGAGAAGUCGCCGCUCAGCUGCGAGGUGUGCGGGCGUGUGUUCUCAAAGUCAAGCAGCUUAAAGGUCCACCUGCGCACGCACACGGGCGAGAAGCCGCACCGCUGUGACGUGUGCGGGCGCGGGUUUUCACGGGCCAGCUGUCUGAAGAUCCACCAGCACAUGCACACGGGCGAGAAGCCUUUCCGAUGCGAGGUCUGUGGCCGUGGUUUCUCUCGCUCCAGUGACCUGAAGAUGCACCUGUACACGCACACUGGGGAGAAGCCGUACAGCUGCGAGGUGUGCGGCCACGGCUUCCUGCAGCCCAAUGUCCUGAAGAUCCACCUGCGCACGCACACGGGCGAGAAGCCGUACAGCUGCGAGGUGUGCGGCCACGGCUUCUCGCGGCUCAACGUCCUGAAGAUCCACCAGCGCACGCACACGGGCGAGAAGCCGUACAGCUGCAAGAUCUGCGGGCGUGGGUUCUCGCAUCCGAACUACCUGAAGAAGCACUUGCCGAUGCACACGGGCGAGAAGCCGCACAACUGCGAGGUGUGUGGCCGCGGGUUCUCGCACCUAAACUACCUGAAAAAGCACCUGCGAACGCACACGGGCGAGAAGCCAUACUGCUGUAAGGUGUGCGGGCGAAGCUUUUUGCAUCCCAGCUACCUAAAGAGCCACCUCCGGAUGCACACGGGCGAGAAGCCGUACAGCUGCACAAUCUGCGGACAGCGCUUCUCGCAAAGCUAUCACAUGAAGUCUCACGAGCAAACGCAGCAUGGCAUGGAUAAAUCGCAGCAAGAGAUGGAUUGGAUGGCGUGUGCAGUGGCCACUCCGGUGCUGGAGCCGAGCGGGGACUUCCCGGCGUGGCUGGAGGCGCAGGGCGUGAACGCGGAGGUGGCCCAGGCCAUGGACUCUGAGCUGGGCAUCCGGGACUACGGGGUACUGCGCGCCUGCGUCAGGGAUGGCCUCGUGCGGGCCGAGCUGCUGUCCACGGCGCGCGACCGCCUGCCCUUCGGCUUCUACGCCGUGCUGCGGCAGGUGGUGAAGGCCCUGCAGGGCGCCGAGCCCCACGACGCCGGGACGCCGUGCUGGGAUGCCGCCGCCGCUGCUGCCACCGAUUCCACCUUCUCCCCCGGCGACGUGACGCUGAGAGGCCUGGUGGACGUGCUGCUCGCGCUUUUCAACGGCUUGAGCCGGGAAUUACAAAUGUUCCUGAAGUCCAGCUACCUGAAGGUCCACUCGCGAACGCACACGGGUGAGAAGCCCUACUGCUGCCAGUUUUGCGGGCACAGAUUUUCACGGUACGGAGUGCUGAAGAGCCACCUUCUGACGCACACCGGUGAGAAGCCGUACACCUGCAAGGUGUGCGGCCGCAAGUUCACGCAGCGCUCCAACAUGAGGAUGGCGUGCGCAGUGGCCACCCCGGUGCCGGAGCCUAGCGGGGACUUCCCGGCGUGGCUGGAGGCGCAGGGCGUGAACGCGGAGGUGGCCCGGGCCAUGGACUCUGAGCUGGGCAUCCGAGACUACGGGGUCCUGCGCGCCUGCGUCGGGGACGGCCUCGUGCGGGCCGAGCUGCUGGCCGCGGCGCGCGACCGCCUGCCCUUCGGCUUCUACGCCGUGCUGCGGCAGGUGGUGAAGGCCCUGCGGGGCGCCGAGCACCACGACGCUGGGAUUCCGCGCUGGGACGCCGCCGCUUCCUUUCCCGGCGACGUGACCCUGGGAGGCCUGGUGGAGGUGCUGCUCGCGCUGUUCAGCGGCUUGAGCCGGGAGCUGCUGCUGUCCGUGCAGAGGCUGGAUGAAAUGGACAAUCCCAAAUAUCAACAGCAACUUGCAUUUUCUCAGAGGGAGACAAUUGUGAACGCUGUCUCAACGAACAACAGUGCGAUGUCUUCCGUCCUCGAGGAUGAGACGUUCAAGUUUAAUCUCAAAGCGACUCAGCCAGAGGUUGCAGCUGAAAAGCGUCACCGGUGCGAACUGUGCGGCAAGACCUACUCGCUGGCGUUCAACUUGAAGCGCCACACGUACGUACACACGGGCGCGUGGCCCUGCCGCUGCAAGGUGUGCGGGCACGGCGUGUUGCGCGCCAGCGACCUAAAGGAGCACAUGCGCGUGCACACGGGCGAGCGGCCUUUCUGCUGCAACGCGUGCGGGCAGUGCUUCACGCGAGCCUGGCACCUGAGGUCUCACGAGCGCACGCACACAGGCGAGAAGCCGCACCGCUGUGGCUUGUGCGGCAAGGAGUUCACGCGAUCCAACGGGCUGCGGUUGCACCAACGCAAGCAUGCGGGCGACAAGAACAACAGCUCCAGGAAGGUCUUUGAGGACAAGGUCUCCUUCUUCAGGUUCCCGUACACGGACCCAGGCCUCUUGAGGCGCUGGUGCCUCAACAUCGGCCGAAAGAACUGGUGGCCGAGCCGCUUCUCCCGCCUGUGCUCCGACCACUUCACGCCGGACUGCUUUGAGGCCAAGUUCUACGACGACAGGAUCCGAGCCAUCGACGAGAAGGACCCCGUCAAGCAUCUGAGCUCCAAGACGCUCAAGAGGGGCUCCGUGCCCACGCUCUUCCUGAAAGCCCAUGCCCGAGCUAUGGACCGCAGACACCAAGGGAGACCCUUGCGCGAGUGUGAGCCCUCAAAGGUGAACGGUGCCGAUUUUGCGGCGUGGCUGGAGGCGCAGGGCGUGAACGCGGAGGUGGCCCGGGCCAUGGACUCGGAGCUGGGCAUCCGGGACUAUGGGGUCCUGCGCGCCUGCGUCAGGGACGGCCUCGUGCGGGCCGAGCUGCUGUCCACGGCGCGCGACCGCCUGCCCUUCGGCUUCUACGCCGUGCUGCGGCAGGUGGUGAAGGCCCUGCAGGGCGCUGAGCACCACGAUGCUGGGACGCCGCGCUGGGGCGACGACGCCACUGCUGUCUCCUCUGGCGACGUGACGCUGGGAGGACUGGUGGACGUGCUGCUUGCGCUGUUCAGCAGCUUGAGCCGAGAUCUGCUGUUGUGUGCACAGAAGCUAAGAGCCAUGGAUGAUCAACAAGAUCCAGCAGAUUCUCCUUCAUCUAGUCCGUCGCCGAGUUUUCCAAUGCUGUUCUACUUCCUCAACCAUCAGAACGUGAGCCGGCAGAGCACACUUCAAGCGAGCCUCUCGCCAUUGACGCAGCAGCAACGCUUGUUUGCGUUGAGUGACCCAAUCAGGAGAUCGGUCUCGGCAAACCACAGCCAGAAGCCUUUUGCCGAUGAGAGCGAGACGUACGGGUUUCAACUUGAGAAAUCUGAUCUAGAGAGGCCCCGGCUAGAGAGCACUGGAGAAAAGCCGUACCGCUGUGAGGUGUGCGGGCAGACUUACUCGCAGAUUUGUGGCCUGAAGCGCCAUCUGCGCAUGCACACGGGCGAGAAACUCCACCGCUGCGAGGUGUGCGGGCGCGGAUUCCCGCAGUCAAGCAGCCUGAAGGUCCACCUGCGCACGCACACGGGCGAGAAGCCGUUCCACUGCGACGUGUGCGGAAUGCGCUUCUCACAGAAAAGUCACGUGAAGACCCACCAGCGCAAGCACAUGGGGGACACGGUUAUUCAGUUUCCACAAUUUCUCUGCACGUCCCACCAGGAUAUGGCGUGCGCGGUGGGCUCCCCACUGCCGGAGCCGAGCGGGGACUUCCCGGCGUGGCUGGAGACGCAGGGCGUGAACCAGGAGGUGGCCCGGGCCAUGGACUCUGAGCUGGGCAUCCGGGACUACGGGGUCCUGCGCGCCUGCGUCGGGGACGGCCUCGUGCGGGCCGAGCUGCUGGCCACGGCGCGCGACCGCCUGCCCUUCGGCUUCUACGCCGUGCUGCGGCAGGUGGUGAAGGCCCUGCAGGGCGCCGAGCACCACGAUGGUUCUGGGACGCCGCGCUGGGACGCCGCCGCCGCCUCCCCCGGCGACGUGACCCUGGGAGGCCUGGUGGACGUGCUGCUCGCGCUGUUCAGCGGCUUGAGCCGGGAGCUGCUGCUGUCCGUGCAGAGGCUGGGCGACGUUAAUAAUUGGCAGUCUGUCGUUGCAGCUCCUUUAUCAACAGCUGCUGUCACAUCCGAAGAUGUGGAAGUGAAAAUGGAUCAUGCGGAAUAUGUAACAUCAGAAGACAUCUCAACUCACAGCUUGGAUGACAACGCAAACAGCCUCACAGAAGACCAAAUUAAAAUGGAACCCUCCGAAGGUGAACAACAUCUCUGCGUCGGUCUCCCUCAACUCGUCAUCCAGAACGUGACCUCAAUCUCCAAUUCAGGAGGAGACCUCACGUGCGCGGCAAAUGAUGGACCCUACACGCCGCAGCAGACAGCAGCUGAAACACACAGUGAAGAAGUUGCUGCUUCUGUUGACGGGGUUGACGAGGAAACGUCUCGAUCACUUGCGCAGAGAGACACGACCAGGAGGAGGAUGUCGGCAAUCUACAGUCGGAUGCUCUCUGUCGACGAGGAAGAGUCCAACAAGCUUGAAAUAAACAACCCCAGUCCCGUAGUGUUACCUUUGCCAAAAUGCGCCGGAAAUAAGACACACCGGUGUGAGCUGUGCGGGAAGAGCUACUCAAAACCCUACGGCUUGAAGCAGCACAUGCGAAUUCACACGGGCGAGAAGUUGCAUCGCUGCGAGGUUUGCAGGCACCCCUUCCUGCAAUUGAGCAGCCUGAAGAUCCACCUACGCGGUCACACGGGCGAGAAGCCCUACAGCUGCGACUUUUGUGGGAAGUGCUUCGCCUCAAAUGCCCAGGUGACGACGCACCAGCGAACGCACACGGGCGUGAAACCGUACUGCUGCACGGUGUGUGGCUACGCCUUCAAGCACCUCGCCUCCCUGGUGAUCCACUUUCGCACGCACACGGGUGAAAAGCCGUACAGCUGCAGGGUGUGUGGGAAGGGCUUUGCCAAGAGCAGCGCCAUGAAGAUCCACGUGCGCACGCACACAGGCGAGAAGCCGUACAGCUGCACGGUGUGCGGAAAGCACUUCUCGAAGAACAGCUCUCUUAAAAACCACCGGUGGAAGCAUAGCGAUGACAAUAAAUGACUCGUGUGCGAUGGCUUUUAAAGGCAGAAUCAGAAUAUGCAUUUAUAUUGGAGGAAUCCGAUGAGCUAUGAAGCUCUUUUCACAGAUGUCCAGUAGGGGGCGGGUAAGAAUGUUAUAACAACAAACAAUACAAAUACAUAGUAGUGCAAAGUACAAGAAAGGUAAAUAAAUCACCCAAACACAUACAAAUACAGUACAACGAAGCCAUCUCCAUCCUACCAGACGAAGCCCACUGAGGUAUUAACUUCAUUUUAAGAAGCGACCUAGCCACAAAUGAUAAUCAACAUCGCUUCACCCUUUUUUAUAUGGCAUUCAAACACUAAGCAGGCAUCAGGUACGUCGUGGUUACGCAGCCAGGAAAUUGUGCUGAAAAACGCAAACAAUAUCGCUUUGAUAAUAUAUACGUUGCCAUUGAAACUAAUUGGUCUGUUUCGAUUUAAAGCUUUCGUGACUGCAACGAUUCAUCUUCUUUGGUUCUUUCGGUAAAGUCACGUAUUAUUUUAUUAUCAUUCUACGUGACUUUACCGAAAGAACCAAAGAAGAUAAUUGGUCUGUUGUCUCAAAAGCACUUGUUUGUAUGUAUGUUGAACUUCUUUCGCACCGUACGUAGUCAACCGUGCUAAUCUUGCGGCGCGGGGAAGGAAAACAAACGAAACACAAAUCAGUUUCUAAACAAAUGAGUUUUCAAUCGAGAUCAUUUGAAAGUACAUAGCUACAGUGGCUUCCUAAUAUUAUUUUUAAAAAACAUGUUUUUUACAUUAAGCUGCUGGAGGAAGGGCAAGGGAAAUCUUCAGCCAAGCAUGCUUUGGAUUUACUGGUAGGAACCUCCUGGUUACACCAGCAGCUCACAGGGGAUUAUUGUGUCCGUCCGUUCGUCGUGCAUCCAAA